CCCUUCAAACCAUAAACACACUGCUCGGUCUGUUAUUAAUCUCUUAUUCUGAAUCUUUACCGGGGCUCAGAUAAUGUCCCGUUAACCCAACAGAGAGCUGCUGUCUGUCAGCAUGGUGAAGUGUGUUGUCGCCGGUUGUCCGAACCGGCAGGUGGACGGUACCGGUACCGGAACCGGAGAGAUCCUCAGCCGAACACCGAAGAGGUUCUUCAGCUUCCCCACAGACCCGGCUCGGGUUAAGGUGUGGCUGGCAGCGCUGAGAGAGACGGGCAAACAGGACUCGAUCGGAGAGCACUUAAUCUGUGAGGACCACUUCCUGCCGGAGGACAUCUCCAGCAGCGAGGUCACCAGUGAUGCCAUCCCCAUCAUGCCUCCGGACCUGGACGGGUCUCUGGGCCUGAGCAGCAGCUGGAGAGUUGAGUCCUCCGAGGAAGAGGAGCAGUGUGCGACUGGAGGCUGCGAUUAUGAUGAUGAUGAUGAUGAUGAUGAUGAUGAAGGUGGAGAAGGAGAUGCUCCUGCUGCUGCUGCUGAACCGUCAGCACAGGAUCUACCACAGCAGGAUCAAUUUGGAGGUUUUGAGGAUCCUCCACCUGAAGAGGACGCUAAGAAAACCAGUCCUCCAAAGAAGAUAGAACCGAACCAGUUAAAGAAAGCUACCAAACGAUCCGUUGUGCCUCUGGAGACGCUGACGGUGCGUUUCCUGGAGCUGCUGCAGGCGACUCCCAACAGGUCUGUGGAUCUCCUGCAGGCUGCCAAGACCCUGCAGAUCCGCAAACACAGACUCAUCAACAUCACCAACGUCCUGCACGACAUCUCCUUCAUCCGGAUGAAGUCGGCCAACAAUAUCAAGUGGUCAGCAUCGUGGCCCAUUUCCAGCUUUCUGUCGGAGUACAACCGGGCGACAGAGCUGGAGAACAAGCAGGAGAACCAGGCUGAGCUGGAGAACCUGGAGCUGGUGGAGGACACGCUGAACGGCCUCAUCAAAAGCUGCACCCAGGAGCUCUUCAACAUGACUAAUGAUUUCAAAAACGCUGCAUUUGCCUACAUAACUCAUGAAGACAUCAAACAGCUUCACAUGUUCCAGGAGCAGACGGUGAUCGUCAUUAAAGCUCCAGAGGAAACAAAACUGGAGGUUUCAGCCGCUGAAGAGGACAGCAUGCAGGUGUAUCUGAAGGCGACGAAGAGUCCCAUCAUGAUUGGGACUUGUGAAGUGGGCUCAGACGACACUGUGACUUCUGACCCCGAAGACAAAAGUGGCGUCUUUUCAACACUGGAGGAGAGUCUGAUCAGGACGGCUGAGCUGUUCACAGUUGAAGAUGAAGAGCACACCUCCAGUGGAGAGAGUGAGAGUGAAGCACCAACAACGCUGGAACACGUAGAAACCAGGAAAGUCAGUACAGGCGUCCGAAAGUCUUCUGGCUGGAAGACGCUAAAAGAAGAAGAUGAUAAAAUGGGUCCACGGUGCCAGUCCGUCUAUUGCAUCUGGUCCGGAGCACGUAAGUGUGGAGAGAUACGAGAGCGUGACCGGGAGGCUGUUUUCAAACGCUUCAGGCAGAAGAUGAACAAUACACAGAGGAAGAAGUAUGUGGCUUCAUUGGUGGAUGUUGCACCUGGGCAGAAUCAGGGCCCCAUCCUGCUGCGCUUCAGGAUGGAGCAGCGCUACCACCUGACAGUGAAAGGACAGAGGAUGAGGGUGUGCAAGCCCAUGUUUCUGUCCACUCUAGGGGUCUCACACCGCUACGUCGCCGGAUGCAUGGCUGGAAAACAGCAGGAGAAAACGGAGAAUGUGUGUUGGUCCACUGCCCAAGAAGAGCAGGAAGACGUGCUAAAAGCCUCUCUGUGUUCAGAUCUUGGUUCAUUUGUAGCUUCUACUGAAUCUCAGUGGUUUGGAGUUUAGUUUCAGAUAUCAUAUAUCUUAUUUUACUGUUUCUGAGCACCGUCAGCUGUUCCAAAGCUGCAUGUUCCUGCUCAACAUUUCCUGCUGCUACUUCCACAGACGGACAAAAGCUGCAAAUCAGACUGUCAGCUCGACUAAAGACGAACUUUUUUCUGUGUGUAAAAAGGUGAUGUCAUUUGAGUCAGCAUCGGUUGAGGCUUAAGACGACAAGUUUGAAAAGUAAAACAAUCUGUUGGGGUGUAGUAUUAGAAAGAAGUGUGAAGCCUGCUGCUCAUCCCUGCUGGAGGCUAACAGCUUUAAGUUACAUUAGCUGCUACUUGUGUCACACGCCAUAGUCUCCAGGUGCAUUGUGGGUAAUGUAGGCGCCAGGUUAUGACGAGGGGGAAAAAAAGAUAUCUGGUUUCACCGUGAGUCUGAAAACAUUACAUGAGAAAAAAAAUCUGUGGACUCACUUAAAGGCAAAACAAAGAAGUUAUGGCGUUCAAAUGUAAAGUCCCGUUCACACGCACGAAUAAAACAAGUUUGUAAGUUUGUAAUUGAACUCUUUGGUGGUUUGGACCCUACAGAGAAGUCGCUCUGCUGAUAAAAAGUGAAUGUAAGAGUGACGACAUUUUCAGUUUUAAUUUUUGUUCAUUAUGCACAGCAGACAACUUUAGCUCUGCCAGCUCUGUCUACUAGAAGUUACAUUCAUACCAAAACAGUUUUAAGUUAAAGUGAUUUCUAAUAGACGGGGUUUCCUCUGGAGGAUUUGUAUUAAACAUCUGACUGAUGUACUUGUAAAUAUUUGACUUUUCUGUUUCUGUAUAUAAAAUGUUUUUUGUCUUGGUUUGAAAGACCUCUCAAAAAAGAUGCUGUUAUCAAUAAAACAGUUAACUUGUGUAAGAUUGAA